AUGUGGAUCAGUCAUCCUGAAUUUCUAUCAGUGGUUCAAGAAAGUUGGUCAACAAAAAUUGAUGGUGAUCCUGCCUUCACCUUUAUGAAGAAAUUGAAAGAUUUAAAAAGGAUUUUAAAUGACUGGAAUUGGAGAGUUUUUGGGAAUGUACAAGCUAAACUUAAAGAAGCUGAAGUAAAAGUCAUGGAAGCUAUGCAAGUAUCUGAUAAUGAUCCAUUUAAUUCUGAUGCAUUGGAAAAUUUAAUUAAGGCACAAAAUGAUCAUGCUAAUAGAAAGGUGCAACUUAAUACUCUAAUGAGACGGAAGGUAAGAGUUAAGUGGGUAAAAGAAGGAGGAUCCAAUACAAGCUUUUUUCAUACAAAUUUGAAAAUAAGAUCUUCAAGUAACUUAAUCAGUGAAUUGGAAGAUUCCGAAGGCAAUGUGAUAUUAGAUCAAACCAAGAUUGCUGAAGCAUUAGUAUCUCAUUUUCAAAAAAAGUUUGAGGAGCAACCUGUUAAUAUUAAAGAGGAGUUAUUGGAUGUAGUGCCUCAGUUGAUUAAUGAUAAAGACCAACAGUGCUUGGAUGCUAUUCCUAGUGCUGAGGAAAUAAAAAAAACAGUAUUUAAUAUGGAUCCUGAAAGUUCUCCAGGACCAGAUGGUUUUUAUGGAAUAUUUUAUAGGACUUGCUGGGAUAUUAUUCAACAUGACUUGAUGGCUGCAAUUAAAUUCUGCUGGAGGAGGAAAUUCAUUCCUAAAGAUGAUGUAUUCAUCUUCUGCAAUGGAGCCAAAAGAAGUUUAAAGAAUUUAUUAAAACUUUUAGAUGAGUAUCAAAGCCGUCCAGGACAAAUAAUCAACAAAAGCAAAAGUAAAUGCUUUGUGGAUGGUGCUACAACUGCAAGGAAACAACAGAUAAGUGAAGUGGUCAAUAUGGAGUUAUCUCAAUUCCCAGAUAAAUACUUAGGUGUUAUCAUAGCUCCAGGAAGAGUAACCUCAGCUAUGGUGUGGCCAAUGGUGGAAAAAAUGCAGAGUAAAUUAGUAGCUUGGAAAGGUAAACUGCUCUCAUUUCAAGACAGAGUAAUUUUGGUUAAAUCGGUGUUGAGUAGUAUUCCAAUAUAUACAAUGGAAGUCUACAAAUGGCCAUCUUCUGUUAUCAAAAUUUGUGAGAAGAUUAUUAUAAAUUUCCACUGGUCUGGUGAUAGUGACAAAAGAAAAUAUAAAGUCAUUUCAUGGCAGAGAGUGUGUACUCCAUACCAGAAGGGAGGCCUUGGGAUUAAAAGACUUGAGGUGAUAAAUAAAGUGCUUCUUAUGAAAAUGAUGUGGAAGGGAUUAAAAUGGGCAUGGGAUUACUUAAAAGAAUACAUAAGGUGGAGUAUAGGAGAUGGAACCAAACUAUCAGUGUGGUUUGAUACUUGGUUUGGAGAAUCACCUCUAGUAGAUCAAAUUGGUUUCUCUGAGGUAGUUCAAAAUAAUAUUGGCAUGAAAGUUGCAAACUUGUUGAACGGAAAUUCAUGGUGCAUACCUACAGAACUGCAAUCAAUCAUUACUAGUGCUUGCUUGCCUGACAUUAAUGGUGGAGAAGAUAAGAUGAUAUGGACUGGUCACAAGAGUGGAAAAUUUGUAACUUCAGCAGCAGUUGAAAGAGUAAGGGAAAAAGAGCCAAAACUUGCAUGGCCUAAUUAUAUUUGGAAGCCAUUUUUGCACCCCCCAAGUAUUGCUAGCAACAUUUGGAAGUUGCAGCAGGGGGUAUAUAUGGAUGAUGAGGAGAUGAGGAAAAUAGGCUAUGAAACAGUUUCUAGAUGUUGCAUUUGUCAAGAAGCAGAGGAUAAUAUGAAUCAUACAUUGUGGCAAUGCAAAUUCAGCUUGGAGAUAUGGUCUUGGCUGAACUCCAUUUUUGGUUUCAAGAAUCCAAAUUCUUUUGAAGACAUCUGUGCAGCUGCCAAAAGUGCAGCUGCCAAAUAUAAAAGUCUUAUUAUUAAAGAAAUAUGGAUGACAACUGCAUCUGACUUUACUUUAUUCUGUUGUGCUGGAAUAUCAAUUGGAGAGCCUGGGAAUGCAGGAAUUGGAGUCAUAGCUAGAGGCUGCAACAGUCAGGUAAUUGGCACUCUUACAGGUGGAAUUGGUGUUGCUCUGUCUUCAAUAGCAUGUGAAUAUUCAGUACUCUGUGCACUUGAAUAG